AUGCCUAAAAUAAAAGCGGAAAAAAAGUCUAGGAUUCACAAUGAAGUUGCUAAACAAGGAAUACAGUUUAAUAAGGAUUUUGGCCAGCACAUUUUAAAAAACCCUCUUAUAAUCACAUCUAUGUUAGACAAAGCUGGCUUACGCCCCACAGAUGUAGCUCUUGAAAUUGGUCCUGGUACUGGAAAUAUGACUAUAAAGAUGCUAGAUAGAGUUAAGAAGGUAGUAGCGUGUGAAAUAGAUACAAGAUUAGUUGCUGAAUUGCAAAAGAGAGUACAAGGAACACCAUAUCAAGCUAAACUACAGAUUAUUGUUGGAGAUGUCUUAAAAACAGAAUUACCAUUUUUUGACAUCUGCGUUGCAAAUAUACCUUACCAAAUCAGUUCUCCCCUUGUAUUUAAGCUGCUACUUCACCGACCAUUCUUUAGGUGUGCAGUAUUGAUGUUUCAAAAAGAAUUUGCACAGAGAUUAGUUGCAAAACCUGGAGAUAAGUUGUACUGCAGAUUGUCUAUUAAUACACAACUUUUGGCAAGAGUGGAUAUGUUGAUGAAGGUUGGGAAAAAUAACUUCAGACCACCACCAAAAGUAGAAUCAAGUGUUGUUAGGAUAGAACCAAGAAAUCCACCUCCCCCUAUCAAUUUCGUGGAAUGGGAUGGUUUAACAAGAAUUGCAUUUGUAAGAAAGAAUAAAACAUUAGCUGCAGCAUUUAAACAUAGCACUACAAUGGCUGUGUUGGAGAAAAACUAUAGAGUUCAUUGUUCUUUGCAUAAUAAGGAUAUCCCUGAAGAUUUUGACAUUAAACAAAAAGUGCAAGAUAUACUAACUGGUGCUGAGGCAGAUCAAAUGAGAGCAAGAACUAUGGACUGUGAUGAUUUCAUGAAGUUAUUGCACGCUUUUAACUCUGAAGGAAUACACUUUGCAUAA